UGACGAGAGUGAAGUGAGGAGUUUCCUGCAGUGUCUGCCUUAUAUCUCACAGCUCAGCUGUGAUCCAGACUUCUUCCAGAGUGUGUGCACAUCCAUGUCUGUAAGAUCCACAGAGGAGGCCCAGCAGCUGGAGUCUCUGCUGCUGCUCCUGGGGUUCCAGCUGCUGUUAACAGGAGAGUUACACAGGAAAAGCUGCUGGUCUGUGGGGAGAGUUCUCAAACUGUGUGGCUCUAAAGUGGAUCUCAUCCUCACACCCAGCAAGAUGUCUGCCAGAGGAGGCGCUCUCCUCUUUAGACACACAACACAAUUACGCAGUCUGAGGCUUUCCAUCGACAUGUCCUUGCUCCUGUUUCAGUGGGUAAGAAGAGGCAGAGUGGUCUGUCCGCUGGCUGUUGAAGAGCUUUCUCUUGUGCCUAAGAAAGCCCGACCAUCACAGAGAGUAAUGUUGAGGGCUGUCAGUAGUUUGGCUUCGCUGCUGAGAUACUGGACAGUCGCACGGUUAGACCUGACUGAGAGCUGCAUCCCUGCUCACGGUCUCAUUACACUCCUGCUCCAUGAUGGUCCUCUAACAGUCAAACUGAGUGAAGAGAGCUUCCAGCAGCUUCUGUGUCUCCUCCAUGAAAUCCAGGACAAGGACUUGACGUUGUCCUUCUUGAGUAAGGUUGGUGGAGACCUGACCUCCUGCUGUCUGAACUGGGAGCUUCUUCACUAUCUGCUGCAGCAGUCGUCAGCUCAGACCAUCACUGUGGACCUGAGGAAGAACCUCUUCUUACAGGAGGAAACCACACGUCUGCUUCCCUUUCUGGACAGGAUUGUGUUUAAAAGGCCCAGUCCCAGCUUUGUGAUGAGCUCCAUCAGAGAGCUCUACAGAGCUCAUGACAGUCACGCUGUACCCAGUUUACUGAGGUCAUUUGGUCAUGUGAUCAACCUGAGCAGCAGAGAGCUGGACUCAGUGGACUGUGCUGCUCUGAUCUUCAUCCUCAAACACGGAGACGGAGUCAAACUGAACCUCCUGUGGACCUCCAUACCAGCAGAGGGAGUAGAGUCCAUCCUCUUCAUGCUGGACAAAGUUUCUCGUCUCAGUGUUGACAGGAAUCAGCUGCUCAGGUUCAUCCACUGCUGUGCUGCCUGUGACGUCCAGCAGGAGGCAGCGUCAGGCCUGCUGAGGACUCUGCAGCACAGCUUGGAUCUGUCCUGCUCCUCCUGUGUGGAGCUACCAGAGGAGGAUCAGCCUGAGCCUCUGAGUCUGACUGCUGAUGACUGCAGGGCCGUCUCCACCAUCCUGACACACAGCAGCCGGGACACACAGCUCGACCUGCGAGACUGUGAGGUGGAGGACAGCGUGCUGGACCUGCUGUUUCCUGUCCUCCACAGGGUCCGCCUCAGAGUCAGUAAAACUGUCCUCCUCCAGCUGCUGUCUCUGGUUCCUGUGAACAGUGAGAGGGACACAGUGAGGCGGGCGGUGUCCCUGUGUGGAGCCCUGGGUGGAGAGCUGGAUCUCAGUCACAGCACGCUGGAUCAGAGGGCCUGUGGGGCUUUGGUCCAGAUGCUGGACUCGUGUGAAGGGCUGACAGAGCUGGACCUCAGUCACUGUCAGCUCACUGACCAGCUGCUGCUCCCUCUCAUCACACAUCUGCACAAAGUCCAAGUCCUGGAUCUGAGUCACAAUCAGAUCACUGAUGCUUCGACUGAUGUGUUACUGCAGCUGCUCUCCAUCAACCCCUCCAUCGACUGUGUGCGACUCUACAGCAACAACAUCGUGCACAGAGCAGCUUUCAAGGAACACAAGCAGUUUGAGAUCUGUCUGAGUCACAAUCAGAUCACUGAUGCUUCGACUGAUGUGUUACUGCAGCCGCUCUCCAUCAACCCCUCCAUCGACUGUGUGCGAUCAGAGGGGGAGCAAACAAAGGAACUGGAAGUGGAGAUGCUGGAAAUCCAGGCGGCAGCUUCAUCAAUAGAUGACUCUGAGGUCAAACCGGGUCCAAAUACACCAGACAUAAAUCCCAAAGAUGUGAAGAAGCUUCCAUCCAGCUUCAUACCUGAAGUAAAAAAUGAAUGUGCACAAAUCUCCUACAGGUUCAAGUGUCCUGGUUCAGGUUUGUUCCGCUGUAUUCUGACUGGGCUGGUGUUUGAUAUGACUCGAGAGGCAGAGCUCCUAUACAAAAUCAUCCAGUGGGAUGAGAGCAUCCUCCAACCAGCUGGAAAGGUGGCUGCAGGGCCACUGUUCGACAUCAAAUGUUGUGAGGAUGCUGUCCGCCAGCUACACUUCCCACACUGUGGAACACAGGAAGCUCUGCUCUCUGAUGGCCUCCUGUCUGUUGCCCACUUCACUGAUGAUGCAGUGAGCUUCAUCAAACCACUAAAGAUCACAGAUACUCAUGUGAUAGUCGAAAACCCCCACCUCUCUGCCUUUGGCCUUGUCCUGGAUUUCCUGAAGGGCAUUUGGAACAAGCAAGUUAAGGGGCAAGUUUUAUUGUUCCUCAGUCCACCAAACCAUACAAAACAGACUCAAAACAUCAAUGUGCUUCUUCUGCCAAGAACCAUCCCCAUGACUGAGGUAAGCAAGCAUCAUCAACCUUCCCACUUCAUCCUGGUGCCUUCUGCGUGUAACCUCAUGAAAAAUACGACCUACACCGUUCACUGUCCCAUGGCCAAUAAAAUCCAACCCAAAAGAGCUGAGUUUGACAUGGAGUUUGGACCAAACUACUCCCCAACAUUUGUGAUCCGCCUUCCAAUGAACACAGAUGAAGUGACUCUAACCAUCCGAGACCAAACCGACACAGAGGUUUGGGAGCAUGAAGCAGAUCUAACAGAUCAUCUACCUUUCUCUGCAGAUGGGAGAAUCCCAGCAGAGAAAAUCAUGGUGAUGCUUCCCGAUAUCCUCGAAGAUUUAAAUGAUGAAGAAUUCAAGAAGUUUAAGUGGCACCUGAAGACUCACGUGUGGAACAACAUGUCACCCAUCAAAGAAAAUUAUUUGUCCAAAGCAGACAGAAACGACACAGUAGAUCUGAUGGUGCAGACGUAUGAGAUCACUGGAGCUGUGCAGGUGAUGGAGAACAUCUUAAAGACGAUAUGUAGGAACGACCUGGUGAAGAAAAAAAUAUCAACCCUCAGAAAUUAAAUAUCUGCUCUCACACAGACUGUACAGCUCUUUGUGUGACAUCAGAUUGAUGUGAGAACAGAGAAGUUAGUUUUCCAGUGACUACGUAGAUGGUGUGUGGUCACUCUAUUUCAUGCAUACUCCUGGGCUGAGUGUAUUGGAGGUGAAAGUAAGUACCAAUGUGUGCAAAAGACUGAGGAGAUCCCUGAGAUCCAACAUGAGUAAAGAGCAGCUAAGAGGCUUCAUGCUGAUUUCUUUCUGCUACAGCUCCCAGAAUAAACUGAACUGUGUAUGUUCCACAUGAAGUGAGGUGACCACAGUUUUGUGAAUAAUAAGAUUUUUUUGACUUACUGGUUUGGAGUUUUGGCCUGAGGAAGUCCAACAACAUUGUGCACAGAGCAGAUCUGAAGCAGUUGUCAUCGUCAGAGAAUCGUAGUUUUUACUCUGCUUGUGAAAAUAUUGGGUGGAGUGUGAUACUGUUCAUGGAGUCAGCAGUGAAGGACACAUCAACAUUAGAUCAAAUGAGUUUUGAUGUUUGGUCAGAUUUUUUCUUUUUAUUUGUGAUGAUUAAGAGGACAGUUUAUAUGGAGACAAAGAGCAACCAGUGUGUUCUGUUUACAUUUUGAGUAUAUCUUUAUUUUUACUGAUGUGUGGUUCGGUUAAGUACAGCCUCACCUGUGUCCUUUUGUAUCAUUUCGUCAUGUUUUCAUCUUGGGCACGUGAUCCUCCGUGUAGUUACUUCCUCUUUUAUUUUGAUAGUCAUUUGUCUCUUUGCCUUGUAUUUACAUUUGUUUCCGUGCCUUGUUGUCUUGUUUGUUUCCCAGCUGUGUCUCACUCCUUUAAUUUUUCCAGUUUUACAUCUGAUGCUUGUGUAAUGAUGAUUAUUCAGUUAUUUUCUUAUUAAGACAAAACAAAGACGACAGCUGUUUUAUCAAUGCAGGGAGUCAGCUAUUUUUAUUUUCAAGUUUAAUUCAAGUUUUGUCUGCUUAAAAUAAAUGUAUUUUUUUCUAUCACAUCAAUGUACCGCUACAAAUGGACUCAGGGAAUAAAUAAUAAGAGGCCAGAUGUCUGUAA